AGUCUCAGUCGUUACUUUCUUCACUGCUGUUAAUUGCCGGAGUCGUUGAAUUUGUUGCGGAACCUACCGAUUAUUGUAUUUACUGCUUGUUAAGGAUGUAGAGCUCGCCUGGGCGUUGUGUAGCCCCCGUACUGACGUGCUGGGGAGACUAAGCCAGCCUAACGUCACCCAUUCUCGCACAAGGAAGAAGCUAUCACACCGUUUACUGCAGUUCAGCGCCUUGCGAACCUUAGUUAUGAUCCGGAGCUAAACAUAGGGGCAAUACAAAGAGGUCGGGAGCCGGACCCGACUAGCUGCAGGUUGCUGUGAAGAAUAAAGGGUUUCAAUCAGGAACCUUCGAGUCAACUUACUUUUAAAUCUUUUGUAUCACUAUGACUGAAGGUACAAUCGUGAAAGAGGGGUGGCUUCACAAAAGAGGAGAGUACAUAAAAACAUGGAGGCCCCGCUAUUUUCUGUUGAAGACUGAUGGUACAUUUAUUGGCUAUAAAGAGCGGCCACAAGAUGCAGAGCAACUAGAAACACCUUUGAAUAACUUCUCUGUAGCACAAUGUCAACUGAUGAAGACAGAGAGACCAAAAUCAAACACAUUUAUCAUUCGGUGUCUCCAGUGGACUACAGUAAUUGAAAGAACAUUUCAUGUUGACAGCCCAGAAGAACGGGAAGAAUGGACAAAAGCCAUCCAAACAGUAGCAGAUAGUCUUAAGCAAGAGGAUGAGAUUAUGGACUACCAUGCAGAGUCCCCCAGUGAUCACUCAUGGACUGAUUCCAUAGAAAUUUCUCGUACUAAACCAAAAGACAAAGUGACUAUGCAUAAUUUUGAAUACUUGAAACUCCUUGGAAAAGGUACAUUUGGAAAGGUGAUUCUAGUAAAAGAGAAAGCCUCUGGGAAAUAUUAUGCCAUGAAGAUUCUAAAGAAAGAAGUAAUUGUAGCAAAGGAUGAAGUAGCACACACUGUGACAGAAAACAGAGUGUUACAAAAUUCUAGGCAUCCAUUCUUAACUGCACUGAAGUAUUCUUUUCAGACAAAUGAUCGUUUGUGUUUUGUUAUGGAUUACGCAAAUGGAGGUGAGUUAUUCUUUCACCUGUCAAGAGAACGUGUUUUUUCUGAAGACCGUGCCCGUUUCUAUGGAGCAGAGAUUGUCUCUGCCUUAGAUUAUCUCCAUUCUGAAAAAAAUGUAGUGUAUAGAGAUCUUAAGUUGGAAAACCUUAUGCUGGACAGUGAUGGUCACAUUAAGAUAACUGACUUUGGACUUUGCAAAGAAGGUAUCAAGGAUGGAGCAACUAUGAGAACAUUCUGUGGAACUCCAGAAUAUCUUGCACCAGAGGUUUUAGAGGAUAAUGACUAUGGGCGCGCUGUAGACUGGUGGGGUUUUGGAGUUGUGAUGUAUGAAAUGAUGUGUGGCCGCCUUCCCUUCUACAAUCAGGAUCAUGAAAAGCUGUUUGAACUCAUUCUAAUGGAAGAGAUCAGAUUUCCACGCACUUUGUCACCUGAAGCCAAAUCUCUUCUUUCUGGGUUGUUGAAGAAAGAUCCUAAACAAAGGUUGGGUGGUGGCUAUGAUGAUGCAAAGGAAGUAAUGCAAGAUAAAUUCUUUGCUGGAAUUGAGUGGCAAGAUGUGUAUCAGAAAAAGCUUAUUCCACCAUUUAAGCCUCAAGUGACAUCUGAGAUGGACACAAGAUAUUUUGAUGAAGAAUUUACUGCACAGACAAUAACAAUCACUCCACCUGAUCGAGAUGGCAGCAUGGAAUCCAUAGACAAUGAGAGAAGACCACACUUUCCCCAGUUUUCCUACUCAGCCAGUGGAAGGGACUGAACUCAACCACCUUAAAAAUGAAUAAAGGAAAUCAGAUCAAAUUUUAAGGACUUAUUAUAAGGAAUGAGUACAAGAGGUCAUCAGUAUAAACUGGUUGGUCGGUAGAUAAUUUGGACAACAAUGUUUGCUGUUUCAACAAAAUCUUCAUUUGUGAUAUGUUGGAAAAUGAGCUACUUCUUAAACUGAAGUAUUGUUUCUUUGUGCACUGAACUAAUUUCAAAUGAGCAGUUGUGAGGGUAUACAUUUGGGAUAAAUAGGCACCAUUCUGAUUGACAGAACAGUGGAAACUGAUAUUUUGAAUGGAACACACCCUUUAUUGUUGCUAAUUAUUUAUGGACUUCAUUAAAUGUACCCAACUGAUCAGAUAGGUUUAAAAUUCUAUUUCAGUAAUUGGUUCUUUGUAAGAUAUUUUCAAAUCUAUAAAAUAGGUAAUGAUCAAUCCAGUCUAUUGAUAACAUAUGUAAGAUCUGAGUAAGAUAAUAGUGCAAAAAGUAAACCUCUCCAGUCACAGAUGGCUCAUUAAGUAUUACUGGUCCAGUAUACAGUACUGUAAAGGUGAAAUGUACUCUGGAGUCCAACCAGAGCUUCUGCCACAAUUUGUUUACCUUCCUACAAUGUGUAAACAUCAGAUUGCCUCAGUGAGGCACAAUAAUAUCUUCAGCAGCAGGAACUUUGCUGCAGUCUAUGAGGAAAAAUUGAAAUCUACAACAAUUGUUUGCAUUUCAGUGUCAAGCUUCAUACUAACUGAAAUACACUCCACAUAUUACCUUGUUUAUAUGUAAUAUAUGUGCCAUUUCUUUGAUACUUCCUGGUCAUCUUUAGAUGUUACUUUCACAGUUUGUUAAUAUUAUUUAUCAGUUUAAAAAAAAUUAAAUCAAUUAUGUCAAUACCACAUUUAGUAACUUAAUGUUUAAUAAUGAAUGUUGAGGAACAUUUAUUUCCCCAUUUGAGGUUUGUUUCUGUAUCUUAUUGUCCUAAAUGGAGCAGAAAAAUAUCUAUCAUAUUGUAUUCAAAUGAUAAUGAAUCAGUUCAGUCAUCAGUUACAUUCCAUUGAGAUUGUUCACAUCAUUCUAGCUCAAUUGAAACAUCUAGAUGGAAAUUGCAGGAUUGAACUAGCACCCGGUGCACUAUUUGUGGAGUGAAUAUUCUACAAAUGACUUGUGUUUUAAAUACUCAGUAGUUCCUGCUUUCCAUUUGGCUUUUGGUGGUUCAAGGAUAACUACUUAAUUAGGUGUUGGUAAACAAAACCAGUUACCACUAUUUUGUACCCUCUAUGGUAGUAUUUUUACAUAUCUAAUGUAAAAAUUUACUUCAAAUAUAAAUAAAUAAAUAAGAGACAUAACCUCUGAAGCCU